AUGUCUUCCAAAUACGUAGAUAUAAGGAACAAAUGUCCCAAUGACGAAAUUGGUAAGGUAUCUCCCUGUCAGGAUGAUCGUCGAAUCGAAGCCAUAAGGAAAAGUCUUAACGGUACAGAUUACGAAUGUUGCACUCACACCGGAAGCCGUUUUGUAUUACUAAUCAAUCUUAACUAUGGCGGUAAACGUCUUAAAAUAGAAAAGGGUGGAGUCUAUGCUCAAUUUAAUGCUAGACAUAUAGUGGUAUCGGAAGUAACAAUCUACUACCACGAACAGUAUGGAAGUAACGGAGAUCACAUAACAAAACCUCUUAUCCUCAGAGUAAAAAGUCCUAUCAGAGGGUAUACUUGGUAUGAGAAUACUGGAAACGGUGUAACAUGGAGACCAAUAAAUGGUACAGGUAAGUUUCCUAAAGGUAAUACAGAUCCCGCCAGUACUGACUUCAUACAGAGGCUAAAGGAUCUCACUUGUACUCUUCACCAUCGUCACAGGGUUAACAUAGGUGAGGAUUAUAAGGACAAGGGAGAUUUUUAUAGUUGCGAUCUCUGUAGUAAGGCAAAGGUUGCCGUUCAGCAAGGACAGUCAGUUGACGGAAUUUACACUAAAUUUGUGCAUACCCCUCAUUAUUAUACUACAGAUGAAAAAUACUAUAUAGCUUAUAAUGAUAUUCUGAUAAAAUUCCAGGGAUCCGGUGUUAGGUCUAACCUGAUAUCAGUUAGUAAAAAGGACUGUACUAGCCUCUCAGUAUAUUAUUGGAUAGGAGAUGAACAUCUUGACAACCCAUUAUUGAUAGAGGUUAAAUUAUCGAAAGGAGAAUCUAGCUGGUAUGAGAAUAUAGGGGAAUAUGGUACUACAAAGCAUGAUAUAUGGAGGAAAUUGGGAGAACAAGAAGCUGGAAAGUUAUCUUCUUCUGUAGGAGAGCUUAAGGCAAAACUUGAUCGUCUUAGCUGCAUAUUUAAUGAGACGGUUAAGAUACAGUUGGGAAAGCAUUCUGUAUGUCAUAAUUCCCGGUAUGGUGGACAUAUGGACAGAUUAAACACUUUUUAUAAUGGAAUGGUAGAUAGUAGCCUUAAACUUUCAGCCUAUGUCUACACACCGAAUAAAGACUCUGGAAGUUGUUCAUUCCAUGUGGUAGAGAUCCUUCUUGCAGAAAAGAAACAAAAUUUCCCGGGAGGUACUUCAUUCUUUAAAGAUGUUACAAAAAUUACCGCGUAUGCUUCGUCUUGUGAUUCCUCUCAACCAUUCCUGCUUUGUAUAAAAUCUGGGAAUAGUAGUGAGAAGUGGUACAAGAGAACAAGCACUUAUGCAUGGAAGGACUGUGAUGAUAUUAAGGACCAAUUUGGAGAAAUUUUUUCAGAGGCUAGGGAUACUCUUGGGAUACAGGCAUGUCCCAGUUAUAAACCUCCAAAAAAAGGUGUCCAGAUAAAGAUUACAGAGAAGCCAACUGGCGAUGGAGUUGCAACCAUGUAUUAUGACUCAAGUUCUGGUAAUACUCCAAUUUUUGUUACCAAGGAUGCUAACAACCUCCCACAUGGUUUUUUCAGAAUUACUCACCGGGUAAGUACUGAAACAGGAUCUUUUACAGUAAGUAAUACACUCGGUAAUGGAGAUGGUAUAAGAGAAGGAACAACAGCAAAACCCAUAGAAGGUGUCCAGUAUGUGGAAGUAUACUUUGGAAAUUCUAGGUCUGAUAUACCAAUCCUUAUUGCUGUUAAUAAGGCUUCAAAUGGUAAUUUCCAAUACUAUUCUCGUGCAGAAGACACUAAAACAGGAAAGGGCAUUUGGGUACAGCGUUACUACAAGAGCCUAUCACCUGCUUAUCUGGAUGAAAUGCUUGAUGAUCAAAACUGCACAAGGAAUGGUGCUAUCCCGGUUGACCUUAAAUAUCCUUCUGACCUCAAAUUAUUUUAUACUGAUAUUAAUAAUAGGAUUGGUACUAGUCCACACCUAAAGACAAAAUUUGUAAGGAAGUCCGUAACUUCACCAGAUCUUCCUCAAGGGGCUAAAAAGGACUAUGAAGUAGAAACCUACAAUAUAAAUACUGUAAUAUCCAGACUUACAUAUGGUGGGACAGAGACUAUUGGUAUCGAUCUUCCAGGAGACAAUGUUUCUGAGCUGAGAAUAUAUAAGUGGAGUAAAGAUCUCAAGAAUAUACCACUACUUGUGGAGUUCAUUAGUAGUGGUCAAUCAUCCUGGUAUGAGAAUCUUGGUCAAGAGAGUUUUACCUGGCGAGUUAUUAGAGAGAAUGAAGCUACAAAUUUUUAUGAACUUAGUGGUUUUCCAUCCAAACUUGACCCUGAGUUUGCUAAGAAGCUUCACUCCAUAAGUUGCAAGAUCCAUCAUACAGUUAAGAUUGAUAUAUCUAAGAAUAGUGGAAGGUAUUGUCAUGGAAAAUGUACUUACAAGAGAAUAAAGGUUGAGAAGGAGGAUACACUGUUCGAGGAUUAUAUAUGCUAUGAGCACACCUCUAGAGUUGAUAAUGAGAAAUUUAUGGUAACUGCCAUAACAAAUAAUGGUCAGAAACAAAAUGUGGAUGGACUUCCCCUUAUAAAUGUUAAUAGAGUUACCGUUUACUUCUCCAACUGCAGUCUAAAGACCCCUGUUAUGAUAUAUAUUGAACAUGGAGUUAAAGGAAAUGGUAGAGGAGACAGUAAGUGGCUUAAGAAUGAGGGUGAACAAAAUUGGAAGGAUGUUAGCCAAAAUAUCCCAGUUGAUGGAAAAGAUGGUACUACCAUGACAGAAUCAAUUAAAAGGAUUCUAGAAGAGGUCAAAACUAGCCUAAAAAUAUGCUCAGGGAUCCUUGAUACUGCUAAAUCAUUACAACCGGAUCUACUAGCACGCGCUGAAAAAGAGAAUGAAAAGGAUGAUUACGACGACAAAGAUGAAUCUGAGGAUGAAGACGAAGAAUAUGAAUCUCCUGUAUCUUCCCAACUACCUGCUGCUCUUUCUCAAACCGCUCCUUCAGGUCCUCCCACUUCUGAAACUCCUCGACAUACUGACAACCAAGCUGCUGGUACUCAAUCUGGUUCUUCUGCUGAAGGAACCCCUGGUAGAGUUUCUCAAACUGCUCCACCUGCUGCUACUGUUCUUAACUUUACUGUACCUACAGAAGAUAUCACCCCUAAACCUCCUAAUCAUGCUAAUGCUGCUGCUCAAUCAACCUCAGUCCCUGGUCUUGGAACUCGCCCUCCAGGCUCUCUAGACUCUCCUGGUGGAACCCCUUCUUGGAAAGUAAGUCUCGGAUCAGGUAUUGCUACAGGCAUUCUUGGUACUUCUGCCUUGGCUUGUUUUGCUGGAUGGAAACUUUAUAAUCGCUAUAAAGGAGACCCUUGGGUUAGACAGAUUUAA